AACAACUCUUUCUCACAAAUCUCACCAUCACAUCAACAUUCAUAUUUCAACGUUUUCAUAAAUCAACAAAAUUCUCUCUCUCCAUCUUCUUCUCUCUCAACUAUUAAUUCUUCUACAUACUAUAACGUGACACAAAUUUGAUCUGCAACAAUGCAUCUUUCUUCCAAGAAUUUGGCAUUAUAUUUCCUUCUUCUCUUUGUUUCAGAGUUUUUGUUAGGAGUGACAGUAUUAGCAGCAGAUGAUCAAACAAUAAAAGGAACAGUAAUUGGCAUUGAUUUGGGUACAACAUAUUCAUGUGUUGGGGUAUAUAAAGAUGGUCAUGUAGAGAUUAUAGCCAAUGAUCAAGGUAACAGGAUCACCCCUUCAUGGGUAGCCUUCACUGACAGUGAACGUCUGACCGGCGAAGCAGCGAAAAAUCAAGCAGCAAUCAACCCUGAACGAACCAUUUUCGACGUUAAGCGGCUCAUUGGUAGAAAGUUUAGUGAUCCUGAGGUGCAAAGAGAUAUGAAAAUGUUACCCUAUAAAGUUGUGAACAGAGAUGGGAAGCCUUACAUUCAGGUGAAGACUAAGGAAGGUGAAGUUAAAGUGUUUAGCCCUGAGGAAGUCAGUGCUAUGAUCUUACAGAAGAUGAAGGAAACAGCUGAGUCUUAUCUAGGAUCAACGGUUAAACACGCUGUCGUCACUGUUCCAGCUUAUUUCAAUGAUGCACAAAGGCAAGCUACUAAGGAUGCUGGAACAAUUGCGGGACUAAAUGUGGUCCGGAUAAUCAACGAGCCAACAGCAGCAGCCAUCGCUUAUGGUUUAGACAAGAAAGGAGGAGAAAUGAACAUCUUGGUGUAUGACCUUGGUGGUGGAACAUUUGAUGUUAGCAUUCUAACCAUUGACAAUGGCGUAUUUGAGGUUCUUUCCACUAGCGGAGAUACCCACUUGGGAGGUGAGGAUUUUGACCAUAGAAUCAUGGAUUAUUUCAUGAAGUUGAUCAAAAAGAAGUUCAACAAGGACAUUAGCAAAGACAAGAAGGCACUUGGAAAGUUGAGGAGGGAAUGUGAGAGGGCAAAGAGGGCACUCAGUAGCCAACACCAAGUCAGAAUUGAGAUUGAAGCUCUUGUUGAUGGAAAAGAUUUCUCUGAGCCCUUAACAAGGGCGAGAUUCGAGGAGUUGAACAUGGACUUGUUUAAGAAGACAAUGACUCCAGUGAAGAAAGCUAUGGAAGAUGCAGGGUUGAAGAAGAGUGAUAUUAAAGAGAUUGUGCUUGUUGGUGGGAGUACUAGGAUUCCUAAGAUUCAGCAGCUUUUGAAGGAUUAUUUUGAUGGUAGGGAGCCUAACAAGGGUGUUAACCCGGAUGAGGCUGUUGCCUAUGGUGCCGCUGUUCAAGGUGGUGUUCUUAGUGGUGAAGGAGGUGAAGAAACUCAAGGCCUCCUUCUCCUUGAUGUCGCUCCUUUGAGUUUGGGUAUUGAGACUGUUGGCGGAGUGAUGACUAAAUUGAUCCCAAGAAAUACAGUCAUCCCAACGAAGAAAUCUCAAGUUUUCAGCACUUAUCAAGAUCAACAAAGCACAGUUGAUAUCAAAGUCUUUGAAGGUGAAAGAACCUUGACUAAAGAUUGUCGUGAACUCGGUCGAUUCCAGCUCUCUGGCAUUCCACCAGCUCCAAGGGGAGUACCUCAGAUAGAGGUGACCUUUGAGGUUGAUGCCAAUGGUAUUCUCCAUGUUACAGCAGAGGACAAGGCAGCCAAAAACAAACAAACCAUAACAAUCACCAACGAUAAGGGCCGCCUAAGCCAAGAUGAGAUUGACAGAAUGGUGAGAGAGGCGGAGGAAUUUGCCGAAGAGGAUAAGAAAAUGAGGGAAAAAGUGGAUGCAAGGAACAAGCUUGAGACAUAUGUUUACAGCAUGAGGAGCACAAUCGAUGACAAAGACAAGCUCGCUGAUAAGAUUGACUCCGAUGACAAGGAGAAGAUCGAGGCAGCCUUAAAGGACGCUCUUGAGUGGCUGGAUGACAACCAAAACGCCGAGAAGGAAGACUAUGAAGAGAAGAUGAAAGAAGUAGAAGCUGUUUGUAACCCUGUAAUCAAACAAGCUUAUGAGAAGAGUGGUGGCAAGGCUGCUGAUGACUCUGAAGAGGAGGAAUCUCAUGAUGAGUUGUAGAAUAUUAUAAGAAUAUCAAAGGGAUUUCAGAUUUUUAACUUCUCCGUAGCUUAUGUAGGAACUAAUUCACCUAAACUCUUCUUUUUUUAAGGGAAUUCACCUAAACUCUUGAUUAAUGUUAGAUCUUUAAUACUCAACAUUGACACUAUUUGUGUAAUACAAUGCUUUUUUUAUUAACUAAGAAAAAUUUACCCAAGUUCCUUUGUUUCA